AUGCUGCGCCCACUGGCCGGGCCAACGAUGCAGACAUUCGUGGAGUCGGAUGCCUCGAUCCGAAUCUUUCUCCCGAUCGGCGCCGCGCGUCGAGGCGCGAUGCCGAGAGCAAAUUUGCCGCGCCCGUCAAGAGAACGCAAUUGUUCGCCUUUACGGGCUUUGACUGGUGGGCCCUACAACGACGACGUGGGCGCUGGGGACGUCGCGGGAUCGGCGCCGGACGUGGAUGGGAUGCUCCGGCUGGUGGCGGAUAGGGCCGCUCGGCGGGGAGGGACGGGGGUAGGGAGGGUGUACCUCGUGGGCACGGGGCCGGGGGACCCCGGCCUGCUGACGAUGAGGGCGGUGCAGCUGAUGCGGUCUGCGGACGUCGUGCUGUACGACAGACUUGUUUCCAGCGACAUACUGCAGCUGGUCCACCCAGGCGCACGAAUGGUGUAUGUGGGCAAACAGCGAGGCUUCCACACCCGCACACAGGAUCAGAUCCAAGAGCUCCUUGAGCAUUUUGCCGACGCUGGGGCCCUGGUGCUGCGCCUGAAGGGUGGGGAUCCCUAUGUGUUCGGCCGUGGUGGCGAGGAGAUGGGCUUCCUUCGGGAGAGGGGCAUCGCUGUGCACUGCGUACCGGGCAUAACGGCAGCGUCUGGAAUAUCAGCAGAGCUUGGGAUACCCCUCACGCACAGGGGUGUGGCCACGUCUGUGAGAUUUCUGACAGGACACUCCCAGGAGGGUGGCAGGGAGGAACUGGACAAGACGAUUGCCAUGUCUGUGGACCCCAUGGCAACCCUGGUGGUGUACAUGGGGCUGCAAACACUUCCCAAUCUGACCACCAUGCUUGUGGAGGGAGGCCAGGACCCCAGGACUCCAAGUGUUGCGGUGGAGCGUGGGACGACUUCCGACCAGCGUGUUGUCUUCUCACACCUCGAGGAGCUCCCUGCAGCCACCACGGAUGCCAGCCUCAAGUCCCCAACAUUGAUAAUCAUAGGACAGGUGGUGGCUCUUGCGCCUGGCUGGAAGAGCUGGAUUGACACUGGUGUUGCACUUCAGACUGGCGGAAACGGCAGCAGCAAUGUGCUGCCGACCGAUUAUCAAGAUCUGUUGGCACCACUUGACGAUGUGGAGACAGAAACUCCAGCCGACUGGGAGGCUCACUAA